CUCUAGCUUCAGGACUGACAGAGUCAAGACAAUCAAGAUGACAAACGAACCUAUUAAAGAGAUCCUGGGUGCUCCAAAGCUUCCUGAUUCUAUGACCACGGAGAAGGGUAAUAACAAUGACUGUGUGAUAACCACCAUCCCUCUGGUCAGCGAAUGCCAGCUGACUGCAGCAACAGGGGGAGCAGAACUCUCCUGUUACCGCUGUACCAUUCCCUUCGGUGUGGUUAUCCUCAUAGCUGGCAUUGUGGUUACUGCUGUGGCAUACAGCUUCAAUUCCCAUGGAUCAAUCAUCUCAGUCUUUGGGUUAGUCCUCUUGUCAUCAGGACUGCUUUUGCUGGCUUCUAGUGCAGUGUGCUGGAAAAUCAGGCAGCAAAAAAAGAAAGCAAAGAGGCGGGAGAGCCAAACAGCGCUUGUGGCAAACCAGCGAACCUUGUUUGGUUAAAGAUAACCAAGAGAAGGCUGGACAGAAGACAGAACUUUUGUGAGUCAACUUGAGUAUUUAUCAGUAGGAGAGAUUGCAGGUUUUAAUUUAACUUUGGAAAUGAACCGAAAUGAAAAUGGAAUGGAAUAAGAAAUACUCUUAAAAACUCUUCAAGUGCUCUUAAUGCUUUUCUUACUAGAGACUUGUUAGUGAUUCUUUCCAAGACGGAGGAAAAACCACUUUUCCUUCACAGAAAACAGUAUCAUCAGAACUGCAAUCAUCAUAACUGCAUUUUCCAACAUGCUGAUCAUGUUGGAAGGAGAACUUGUGAGAACUAAGAAAAUAAUUUGAAUUGACUUGAAAUGCCAGAGACCUCCUUAAAAUACACACUGUGACAUUUGACCAAGGGGAGAAGUCAUAGCAUUUGAAGUGACUGAAAAUCUUAUGGCCAGAUUGUCUGUAACUUAAAUUG